AAGUUGUGUUGACAGUAGCUGCAGGAGCUGUCAGGGUGAGGUAGGUAACAUCCCAGAACUGAAUGGAGUAGUUAUCUCGUUAUAAUUCUUGAAAACCAACCCACCACAUUCAUUAUAACACUGUAAACAGUAUAAACCUMCAACGAAGCCAUGACAGAGGACCCGAGUGCUCAAACGUGGUCCAUCAACAAGGACGAUUAUGUGCUCAACGAGGUGAUUGGGAGUGGUGCCACGGCUGUGGUGCAGGCGGCCUACUGUGAGCCCAGGAAGGAGAGGGUGGCCAUUAAACGCAUCAACCUGGAGAAGUGUCAGACCAGUAUGGACGAGCUCCUGAAAGAGAUCCAGGCUAUGUCCCAGUGCCACCACCCCAACAUCGUGUCCUACUACACAUCCUUCGUAGUGAAGGACGAGCUGUGGCUGGUGAUGAGGCUACUCAGUGGUGGCUCAGUACUGGACAUUAUUAAACACAUCAUAUCUCGUGGGGAGCAUAAGUCUGGGGUGCUGGAUGAAUCGUCCAUAGCCACCAUCCUUAAAGAGGUCCUGGAAGGACUGGAGUACCUGCAUAAGAAUGGGCAGAUUCACAGGGAUUUGAAGGCUGGUAAUAUUCUUCUCGGGGACGAUGGCUCAGUGCAAAUCGCAGACUUUGGUGUGAGUGCCUUCUUAGCAGCGGGAGGAGAUAUGACCAGAACUAAGGUCAGAAAGACAUUUGUCGGAACGCCAUGUUGGAUGGCCCCAGAGGUCAUGGAGCAGGUCAGAGGUUAUGACUACAAAGCAGAUAUCUGGAGUUUCGGGAUCACAGCCAUCGAGCUGGCUACAGGCGCUGCCCCAUAUCAUAAAUAUCCACCCAUGAAGGUGUUAAUGUUGACCCUGCAGAAUGACCCUCCCUGCUUGGAGACGGGGAUCCAGGACAAGGAGAUGGUGAAGAAGUACGGCAAGUCCUUCAGGAAGAUGCUAUCUCUGUGUCUACAGAAGGAGCCUGAGAAAAGACCAACUGCUGCUGAGCUGCUGAAGCAUAAAUUCUUCACUAAAGCAAAGAAUAAUGAAUACUUGGAAGAGAAGCUCCUGCAGAAAGGUCCAUCGAUAGGAGACAGAUCCAAAAGGGUGCGCCGUGUGCCUGGCUCCAGUGGUCGUCUCCACAAGACAGAAGACGGGGAGUGGGAGUGGAGUGAUGAUGAACUGGAUAUGGAGAGUGAGGAGGGCAAGGCAGCCGUGGCAGCUCUAAGGUCUCCCAGAGUGAAAGAUGGAUCCAUUGAGAUCUUCCCUCCAGAGGAUGGUUCUCCCAGUCUGCUCCGUCCAGGAGGGGCAGGGCACGACAAGCCAGCUGAGGCCACCCUUACCCAGGGAGACGCUGUAGCCCAGGACCCUGCCGCYACCAAAGUCCCCAUCAGCCUGGUGUUGAGGUUGAGGAACUUGAAGAAAGAACUGAACGACAUCCGAUUUGAGUUCAUGCCUGGUAGAGAUUCCUCAGAUGGAGUGUCUCAGGAGUUGGUAUCCGCAGGUCUAGUCGAUGGGAAAGACGUAGUGGUUGUUGCUGCCAACCUGCAGAAGAUUGUUGAUGAUCCUUUCAACAAUAAAAAUGUAACUUUCAAACUGGCAUCUGGCAUAGACGAGUCGGAGAUCCCUGACGAUGUCAAACUGAUGGGUUUCGCUCAGCUCAGCAUCACUUAACUCAAUAUUCCGUCAACAAAGGAGAGAACAAACAGUAUUGCCCAGCAGCAUAGUUCUAAAUUCCAAGACACCAAUACUGCCAAAGAAGAGAGCCACAGUGCAUUUGUCAACCUGUAGGGUUAUUUUCUUGACUGAAACCUGCAGUGUUAGUUAAAAUGGGCUCUGAGAAUGGGACCAGUGUAACAGAAAGACAACAGUUAGGACAGGAACAGUAAAUCACACUUGAAAGAGUUUACAGCAGUGUAUCUGGGAGGGAGGACGGUGGGCGUCGCAAUCCACAUAAUCAUCAUCGACUUAAAAAUAAA